UGCGAGCCACGCAGAGCCUGCUUGACAGAUCUCUUGCGCUUUUGCGCCGCCUUGUCUGGUGCGGAGCGGGAGGGGUGCUAGGCUGGCGGCGGGAAACUCCGUGGGUCCUUUCCCCAGAACAACAUGAGGAAGAAAGAACCCGAGCGAAAGGGGGCGAGGGGCACCCCUCUGAGAAGGUCGACCCGCCUGCAGCAGGAGGAGGAUGGCACACAGAGAACCACAAGCUCAAGGGAACGACAAAGCUCAAAGGGAAGUAACACGGCUGAUAUCCUUCAGCCCCGGGAGAGCAUCAGAGCAUACAGGAAGCAAGUUGAUUCAACCCGGGAUCGCUCACCCAGUCCGCCCAGCCCAGUCAGGGGUCCUUUACCUCUCUCCGAACCAGAAACUCGGAAAGAUGGUGGACAAGCCGUGUCGGAACGAGACAGCCCACUGUCCCCCUUUGUCAGGCUGAGGAGACUGGACGUUCCACAGGACGAUGAGCCUUCCCCACACCAAAACAGGGCAAAGGAGCCGCAGAAACCAAACGUCGACUGGGAAGUAGUGAAAGACAACAGAGCCCGGUUGCAGGUACUGGAAGCCCCGAGGGCCCGAAGCACCAAGCCAGGGCCCCUGGCGGAAAAGACAACACCUGGCCUGCGAGGCACAAUGGAAAACGAAGCUCUCAAGAGGACGACCACUGAGUUCAAGGUGCCAACCAUGAAGAAGGCCAAAGCUUCCAAGUUGCAGACUGCGGCUUUACCAACUAAAGGAGACAGCAAAACGUGGAGCAUGCGUUUCCUGUCUCGUUCAACUCUCUGUUCCCUUCUUGGCUUGCUUAUCCUGGGCCUUGGUUGCUGGUUCCUUUGGGAGCAUGGAAGCCUGGGAUCUCUCCUGGGGAUGACGGGAUAUGGACCAUGGACAUGGGGCGGCUUCCCAAAGCUGUGGAGCAGCACAGAGGAGUGCAGUACGCAAUGCAGCUUGGUACUUGUUGAGAGCAUCCCAGCAAGCUUGGAUUACAACUCGCUGAACCCUCACAAUCCAACCAUCUACCAGGCCUGGAUGGACCUUCUAGCAGGAGCCAACAGCAGUGUGGAGAUCGCAGCUUUCUACUUUACCCUCCGAGACUCAGAUAUUCACGUGCAGGAUCCUUCUUCGCGGCAGGGAAAGGCAGUGUUUGAGUCACUGCGGGACCUGCCUUCUCGCGGGGUGAAGCUCAGGAUUGCUGUGAACAGCCCUCAGUUGUCGGGGGAUGACACGGACGAGCUGGCCCGUCACGGGGCAGACGUGCGGUAUGUGGACAUGGAGCGCCUGACGGGGGGCAUUGUGCACACCAAGUUAUGGGUGGUAGAUCAGAAGCACAUCUACGUCGGCAGCGCCAACAUGGACUGGCGCUCGCUUACGCAGGUGAAGGAGCUUGGCGCCGUGGUGUACAACUGCAGCUGCCUGGCUCGGGACCUGCACCGGAUCUUUGCCAUCUACCGGAUACUGGGAGAAGAGGGGGCUUCCAUCCCGGCAGCGUGGCCAGCCAGCCUUGCAGCCGAGUCCAGCCUGACCCGCCCCUUGAAGCUGAAACUCAACGGCACCGACGCAGAGCUGUACAUUUCCAGCUCCCCGCCAGCCUUGUGCUCCAGGGGACGAACCCCUGAUCUCUCCGCCAUCAUAAGCACCAUCGAAGAUGCGGAAGACUUUGUCUACAUUGCCGUGAUGGACUACGAACCCCAGUGCUCGUUCUGCAAGCCCAAGAGGUUCUGGCCGGUCAUUGACGAUGCUUUGCGCGCUGCAGCCUGUGACCGCAGAGUGAAAGUGCGCCUCCUCAUCAGCUGCUGGCCGCAUUCCAAGCCAGCCAUGUUCGUCUUCCUGGAAUCGCUCCACGUCCUUAGCUAUGAGCCCCUGCGUUGCCCCAUAGAGGUGAAACUCUUCGUUGUUCCCUCAGCAGGAGAGCAACCUGCAGUCCCUUACGCCCAUGUCAAUCACAACAAAUACAUGGUGACGGACCGGGUGGCCUACAUUGGUACUUCCAACUGGUCUGAAGAUUAUUUUGUCAACACCACCGGUGUGGGACUGGUCGUCAGGCAGCACGAGGCUGCCGCAGGAGCCCCGGGACACACCUUGCGCCGGCAGAUGGAGGAUGUCUUUCUCCGGGACUGGAACUCUCCCUACGUUCAGCCACUAAGCCACCACCGGGAGUGUGCCAGGAAAGGGUCCUAGGCCCAGCCUUGCUCCGACCCUUGAACCUGGAAGCAUUCCUUUAAACAUUUUUCAGUUUAGAAGCUCUUGCUUGUGGGCUUCCCACAACAAACAAGUCAGACCGCUGGUCUGAGCCAGCAAGGCUCUUCUUCCCUCCUUAAGCUGCCUCUAGACCUGUGAGCCAGACAUAGCCACAGCAGGAACUGCUGUAGCCACCAAUGCAGCUGUUUGACCACUGACUCUGGAGCACUCUAGAGCAGGGAGGGGGAACAUCUGGUCCUCCAGAGGUUGUUGAACUACAAUCCCCUUCAGCCCUUGCCAUUGGCUAUGCUAAAUUUUGGAAAGGAGAUGCAGCCAGAUUCACGGCCUGAUUGGAUGUGGCUGCAUUGCUGCAGGGGUUUUUAUUCAGGGGCUUGGAUAUGUGUGUGUGCAUGUUUGAAAGGUAGAUUUAGCAAUGGAGAUAUGUACAGGCAUGCUGUGAGCCAGGGCAAUUGCUAUUUUGUGUGUUCUGUAUCAUCGAUAAGGAAACAAGAAAUGAAUGUACAGUGGAAAUAGUCCUCAGAUAGCUUUGUUUCAAAGUUCAAUUGACCAAAUAUAUCUAUUUUACUCAGGGAGUAUGUUUGAGAUGAGGAAUUAUGUGUCUUAAUCUAUGUGUGCUUUAAGCAAUGUAAGGGAAUAUACUUUCGUUGAGCGCAUGGAAUGGGUGGG